AUGGCAAAAGAUAGAAAUAAUAAUAACAAGAUUCUCAAAAAGAUUUUAGAAGUUGGUCAUAAGUGUUGUAUCUCUCAAAAUGCUGUCAGAGAUCUACUUGGAGAUCAAACUAUUAAUGAAAAAGAUGUAGGAGAGAUUUUAGGAAGUAUGGCACGUUCAUGCAUAAACAUGUCUGGUGUUGAAAGUAAUAAUAAUGAGGAAACUUGGAAUGUUGAAAAUUUUGUAACUGUCAUUAAAGAAAAAUCGCCUUCUCUGGAUUGGGUUAAAGCUUUUAAACAUUUAGAUUAUCCUCAUUUCUUUUUAUUUGAUGGAAAAGGUCUUAACAUUCUAAUUAAAGCAUGGAAUGCUAGUUCAGAUGAUGACAAUACUAAUCAAUUCCCUAUUAAUGUCUUUUUCUGUGAAUGGAAUAAUUUACGAGGCAAACUGACUGCAUUAUAUCAAAUCGCUGUAGCACCUCCCAAUCUAAUCAAUCUCUAUUCUUGCUCAAAGAGAACUGUUAUUCAAUCAGACGAUUUUACUCAUUCUCCUGCCAAUGUAUGCUCGAUGGCCCAACGACUUUUAAGUGAUCCACUCAAUUCGCUAGAUCUUAUUGAACAUAUCAUUAUGCUUGCUGACAGUCCGAUUGCUGACGAUGUAAAAGCGCUUUUAGAAAGAGUAUUAAUUAAAAAAGCGCCUGAACUUUUAUUUAUGGGUUUAUUUCAAAUCGAUCCAAUUAUUAACUCUACUCAAGAUGAGAUAUUGAAAAGGUUGAUGAACAUUUACUUGACAGGAAAUGCAAGUAGUCUAUUAGUUUUUACAAAGCUUUGGAAAGUGAAACCAGAAUUAUUUAAGAAAAGUAUCAUUGAAUUACAUGAAAAGGAACCAGCUGCAUUAAGUCGUAUUCUGGUCUUUAUUCAAGAAUUGAAGAUACUUCCUUUUAUUCUUGAAAUUCAACCAUUUUUGUUUACUAUUGAUUUAGCUGCUCUUGCAACAAGACGCGAACUUUUAAAUCUUGAAAGAUGGCUACAAGAUAAAAUUAAUAAAUAUGAUGAUAUAUUUAUUCAAACUUGUUUAAGAUUUCUUGGUAAUAAGGCAAGGGCAGAGUUAUCAAGAUGUGAAAACAAACCAAUUCCUAUUACUGUAUCUUUAUCGAGGGAUGUUGUUACUAUUUUUGUGAAAGUGCUUUCUGAAAGAGAUAGUCUAACUGAUAAAGACAAGAAAUUAUUAAAUGAUGUACAUAUGAUAUAUAACCAACUUACACGGAAACAGUUAGCUUCAUCCUCUAAUGAACAACUGAUUGUUGAUAAAACCUAUUCUAAAACUACAAAUACAACACUAUUCAUAAAAAAGGGCAUUACUUUUAACUCAAAUAUUGAAGAUGAAGCCUAUGCUUAUUACCAACAACUUUAUAGUGGUGAUAUGUCUGUUAGUGAAAUGAUUGAUAAACUGAAUCAAUUUUGUAUUUCGAAUGAUCUUCGUGACCGAAAUGUAUUUGCAUGUAUUAUAUAUAAUCUUUUUGAUGAGUACCGAUUUUUUUAUAAAUAUCCGGAUAGGGAACUCACCCUCACGAGUGUUUUAUUUGGAUCGUUAAUUCAAAAUCGUCUUCUUUCGCAUGAAUUUCUAGAUAUUGCUUUGAAUGGUAUACUAGAGUCUUUAAAGAAUCCACCCACAUCAAAGUUGUAUCAUUUUGGUAUACACGCUAUCACUCAAUUUGAGGCUCGCUUAGCUGAAUGGCCAAACUUUUGUGAACAAAUCUUACAAAUUCCAUCUAUACAGCAAACAGAUCCUAAACUAGCUCUUGUGGUUCGGGUCUUUUUACAAAUGGAAAAACAAAAGCAAAGAGAGCGGCUUGAUGGUCCUCGCAUUACCCAUCCUCAAUCUGAUAGAUUCUUGACACCUACCUCUAAUAACGCUUAUGAUGGAAGCUUUAAUGCAAUCCAUAUUCCUGAUAUUCCUAAAGAUGAUACUAUUAUCUAUGAAUCUCCGGAUGAAAUCAUUCAGGGCAAAAUUUUAUUUAUUCUUAAUAACGUUGCUUCAAAUAACUUUGAAACAAAAGUAGCCGAAAUGAAAGAAUAUUUGAGGGAGACCCUUUAUCAAUGGUUUAGUCAUUAUCUAGUUGUCAAACGAGUUAGUGUAGAACUUAAUUAUCAUUCACUUUAUCUCGAUUUGCUAAAGGCGCUCAACAGUCCAUUAUUAGAUAGGCAUAUUAUGUGUGAUACACUUGUUAAUAUACAUUUCCUACUUAACUCUGACAAUACCUUAACAUCUUCUUCCGAUCGUUCCUUACUAAAAAACUUGGGCGCCUGGCUCGGUGGUAUGACACUUGCGAGGAAUAAGCCUAUUACUCAAAAGUAUAUACAAUUUAAAGAACUUCUUUUAGAAGGCUACUAUAACAAACGUUUAAUUGUCGUUAUUCCGUUUGUUUGUAAAAUACUUGAGCAGGGCAAAAGGAAUACUGUCUUUGUCCCACCAAAUCCUUGGUUAAUGGCUAUCUUGAAGUUACUUGUUGAAUUAUAUCGAGAUGCUGAUCUCAAAUUGAACCUUAAAUUUGAGAUCGAAGUACUUUGUAAGAAUCUAUCAAUAGAAUUAGAUAGUAUUGAGCCUAGUAUGUUUUUAAAGAUGAGACUACCAUUAGCCAAUACGAUUUUGCCUAAUAUGGAUUAUUACUACAAUACGCCCCUUGAACAUACCUACUCCAACGUCAAUACUACCACUGAGUUCUUCCCUAUCGUUGAUCACAGUAGUAUGAUCCCUGACAUUCCUGAUCUAGGACCCUCUUUCUCCUUUAAUUCUAUUGUUACUACUACUACUACUGCUCCAUAUAUGUCAGAUCCUGCGAUUCAAAGUUGGGUCCAACAAGCUGUAUCUCAAGCCACUCGUGAAGUUAUCCUAUGGUAUGGUGACAGAUCCAUUAAGCAGGCUGUUUCAUCUACUUAUAGUCUUAUUACAAAGGAUCUCAUCUUCUUAAAUUCAGAUGAGUCUAGUACGACAAAAUCGGCACAAACGAUGAUACAGAAUUUAGUAAGAAGUUUAAUAAAGGAAAAUUGCAAGGAGCCUCUUCGACUUGCCAUGAUCAAUCAUCUAUACCCUAUCUUUAUCACAAAUAGAUUCAAUACAGAUAUGGCAAGAAGAGCAGCCUUAUCAAUUACCACAGACAAUUUAGAAUUGGCUUAUACAGCAAUUGAACAGUUAGCCUUAAAGAAGGCCACCGAAAAAUUAGAUAAAGUCCUUAUGGUGGCCUAUACAGAUCGUAAACGUUUCAAGGAACAAAAUCAAACUAUGCAACAACCACCUUAUUUUGAUUCUACUCUUUCUUCUAACUCUCAAUACUAUUAUUUUCAAAUGUUACCCGAGUUUUUAUGUCCUCAACCCAAUUAUGGCAUACAGCCUCCUGCUAUCGCUAGUCAUCAUAAUGUAUAUGAAGACUUUGGUCAUCUCGCAACAAAUACACAUACGUCUGGUCAAGCUCUUAAACAACACCAUUACAAUAUUCAACAAAAUGGUAGUUAUGUCGUUAUGCAACAACAACAACAACAACAACAAAUUGUUUAUACAAAUUCUGCUAAUCAAAUUAUCAUCGAUCAAUUUACACAAUGCAUUCAUGACUUGGAAAGCCUUUUUAGUAUCACUUCUCAUAUUCCAAGUUUUAAUCUGCUGCCUCCACAACAUGAAAUCAUGGUCUAUGUUAAACAGAUACCACUUAUAGCCAUGUCUAGCUUUGACAAGACAGAGAUGAUCAAGGUCUUUGCUCAAAGGAUCGUACAAUUAGCUUACGCUAAUCCAACACAAUUAGGGAAAGAGACUUAUCUUUUUAUUUUGGAGAGGCUUUGUCAUAUCUCACCUAAUAUACGUACACUUGUUUCUACUUGGAUAUCUGGAUAG